UUUUUUUUUGGAAAAUGUCAGCGGUGGCUUUCGUGGAUCAUUUCGCAGCAGAGUGCCUUGUAUCGAUGUCCAGCCGUGCUAUUGUCCAUACAGCGGCUGGCCCUCCAUUGCUGGCAGAAGACAAGGCUGGGAAGGAGAACGCCUCCCUAAUCGUGGUGGCCAGGAUCCUGGCCGAUCUCAACCAACAAGUCCCCGGGGUCCCUGCCGAGGAGAACCCGGCCGGGGAUGGAAGCGAAGACAGGGCGGACACACCUCCCCUCCAGACCGAGCCAAGACAAAGAGCCAGGCGUGGGAAAAGCAGAGCUGACCCCGAAUCACCCCUCAAAAGGCACAAGUGCCCCUACCCGGGCUGUGAGAAAGUCUAUGGCAAAUCGUCCCAUCUGAAAGCUCAUCUGAGGACACACACAGGUGAGAAGCCUUUUGAAUGCAGUUGGGAGGAGUGCAACAAAAAGUUUGCGAGGUCAGACGAGCUUGCAAGACACUACCGCACCCAUACUGGAGAGAAGAAAUUCUGCUGUCCUAUUUGUGAAAAGCGUUUUAUGCGCAGUGAUCACCUGACCAAGCAUGCCCGCCGCCAUGCCAAUUUCCAGCCCAGCAUGCUUAAAGGGCGAGGGGGUGCCAGCUCUAGAAACGGAUCUGUCAGCGACUACAGCCGCUCCGAUGCAUCCAGUCCUGCUAUCAGCCCAGCAAGCUCCCCUUAA